ACCUCAAAACAGGGACGUCCUUCUAUUGCUGACCGCAAAGGACAAUUAACCAACUUGGUUUUGGAAUCUUCUGUAUUGAGAAUUGUGCUUUGGAAGGUGUGUCUUUUCACAAAAGUAUUUUACAAUCUAGAAGUUCUUGCUGAAAAAGUAGAACAGUUCCAACUGAAUUGGAAAGGGUAUUGAAAAUAAUCUACACUUCUCUACCAAAACCAAAAAUGAAGGUCUUCAGUGUUGCAGUUACAGUGGCGGUGGUUGUAGUAUGCAUCUGCAUCCAUGAAAGCACAGCUGUUCCUUUCUCUGAGGUGCGACCAGAGGAGGCGGGAAACAUUCACAAUCCAGUUGGGGACAUGCAACAGCCCGGCGGCGAGUCCAUGAAUCUGCCGCCGUUUAAUUUCAGAAUCAAGCGUCAGAGCCAUCUCUCCCUGUGCCGAUAUUGCUGUGCCUGCUGCUACAACAAGGGGUGUGGUUUCUGCUGCAAAUCCUGAGGACAUUGUCAACACCAAAAGCAUCUUACUAACUUAAUGCCACUAUUUCCUCUUUUUGACAUUUUUUAGAGAAGAAUCAAUCUCAAAGACUACUUUCUCAGCACACACGUAUCCUGUACAUAAAUGUUUACUAUCAUUUUCCUGAACUAAUGUAUAGCCUAUUUUUUCCUUUUAUAUUUAUUUUGCACAUUUUCCAAUGUUUUUAUUCGAGGAUGUUGUUUUUGUAGCAAUUACAAUGACUUUUUAAAUCCUUACUAAUAUACAUUUUUUGUAAUAUGAAUAAACUUUUUUGAAUAGCAAA